AUGGCAGGUCGACUUCCCCUCAAGGCCAUUCUCAGGCUCCUCAGAUGGGCCCUUUCCAAGGCUAUGGGCAAGCGUCUCAGCUGCCUCCGCGAUACCCCGACAGCCAGAUGCCGACUCAAGGUAGGCACCUUGGUGAUCACCAAGAACCCGGUCAUCAUACCGGCCAUCCAAACAGCAGCUACGGCGCUGGAUCUGAGUGGUCUAAUCCGCAAGCCCGACUUCCGUGAGCGGAGUCCGCCAAGGGAAUCAUUCCCAUCCAACAGCAGCUACCGUGAUCGAGCGCCUCCAAACGUCCACCCUGCUCGGGAGGCGCCGAGCCAGGAAUCGGCCACCGAGCGCAUGGCUAAGAUGCUCGCACAGCGCAAGGCAGAGAGAGGCCCUUCGUCUGUUCAAGUGGCUCAAUCGCCCACACAAGCACAAGGUGCUCAGAACCAGGUACAACCGGAUAUGGAACGCAGGUUCCAAAAGCAAGAGCAGCGUCUUCAAACUGCUACCACCGCCAUCGCGACACUGCAGCAAGAGGUAACUGCUGCGAACACAAGGUAUGAACAGCUGAAGACAGCACAUCUCGCGCUCAUGCAGCAGGUGUGUGAUGCGGCGCGAAACGCCGCCAUUGCAUUAUCCGUCCUUGCACCACGUGCUCACAUCGCGACGCCGGCUGAGCCGCUUAGAUCUAACGCCCAGCAGCCCUUCCCUGAUGAAGGCGCUGGGUAUCAAAGCAACGAUAUGCUAUCUGGCCAAGAAGCCGAGUCGCUGCAGUCAGCACCUGGUAUUGGACAACGGAUGGCCCCCGGCUUUAGGAACGUUCUCACUUCGACAGGAGAGAAGUCCUCCCCAUUCCAGCCGUCCUCUCCCGGCACGCGCACGCGAGGCGGCUUUACUCAGCCGCCGGGACCAACAAUUUGA